GAAGGGCAGGCCACAGCAGUCAGUCGCCAGUCGCGUGGCAUUCACGCAGCUGCUGCUCAGUCUACUGCUCACAUCACACCGCCGGUGCCCACCGCUUCCUUCGCCGCUUCACUUGCAACCCGCAACAAUCUACGACAGAGUGACAGACACCUACCGCGCUGCGCAGCGGCAAACGAUCGAUCCCCUUUCCCUCCCCGGCUUCCCCCACCGCGCCGAGCAGCACGAUGGCGACGGAGCUGACGGCGGCGCAGCUGCGGGCGUACGACGGCACCGACCCGUCCAAGCCGAUCUACGUCUCCAUCCGCGGCAAGGUCUACGACGUCACCUCCGGCCGUAGCUUCUACGGGCCCGGCGGCGCCUACGCCAUCUUCGCCGGCCGCGAGGCCAGCCGCGCCCUCGGCAAGAUGUCCAAGGACGAGGCCGACGUCUCCGGCGACCUCUCCGGCCUCACCGAGAAGGAGCUCGGCGUCCUCGCUGACUGGGAGACCAAGUUCCAGGCCAAGUACCCCAUCGUCGCCCGCCUCACCGAUGCCUGAACUCGAAAUCUGAAUUCAACCCCCCAAUCACCGGCGAGUACCAUCCACCUCUCUGCCGGGGCAAGUAUCAGUGUAACUGUAUCCUACCUUUUGCAGUCAUGUGCUUGCUUGCUACAUUAUGUCAUUAGCUACCAAAUAAUCUGAAGGGAAGGAUGUAUGUGCCUGCUACAUAACUCCCUGCGUACACUUUGGGAUCUGUCAGGAUGUAUGUGCUUGCUUGCUGUGUAAUUGCAUAACAAAUAAUCUGAAUGAAAGAUUGGGGUUAGUUCAACUA